CACACACACACGCGCGGAAGCAAGGCUUGAAAUCAUCUAAAUUAGCAGCUGGGUCUCCAGGUUGACUCUUCCCCCUUUUGCAGCUUUAAUCUGCGAUCUCCUCUCAGGUGUGAAACAAACUCGGCAGUAGAAGAAGAAGAAGAAGAAGAAGAAGAAGACGCUUCAGUAUGUCUGUAGGCCUGGAGCUGAUAGGCAUCUCCCUGUGCAUUUUGGGAUGGAUUAUUGCCAUCGUGGCGUGCACCCUCCCCAUGUGGCGGGUGACGGCUUUCAUCGGCAGCAACAUCGUGACAGCUCAGAUCAUCUGGGAGGGUCUGUGGAUGACCUGCGUGGUCCAGAGCACGGGUCAGAUGCAGUGUAAGGUCUACGACUCCAUGCUCGCCCUCUCGCAGGACCUCCAAGCUGCCCGCGCCCUCACCGUCAUCUCCAUCCUGCUCGCCAUCUUGGCUGUCCUUGUCGCCAUUGCCGGGGCUAAGUGCACCAACUGUAUAGACGACGAAGCGUCCAAGGCCAAGGUGAUGAUCAUCUCCGGGGUCUUCUUCAUCGUGUCUGGAGUCAUGCAGCUCAUUCCGGUCUCCUGGUCGGCCAACACCAUAAUCAGGGACUUCUACAACCCUCUGCUCACGGACGCUCAGCGGAGGGAGCUGGGAGCCGCUCUGUACAUCGGCUGGGCGGCUGCCGCGCUGCUGAUUCUCGGCGGUGGACUCCUCUGCUGCUCCUGUCCGCCACGGGAGACCAGGUACAACCCUUCACGGAUGGCUUACUCUGCCCCGCGGUCCGCAGGAGGCCCCGGGUUAGAGAGGAAAGACUACGUGUGACUGAAGGUCAAAGAGUGAAAAAAAAAAAGAAAAAAAAAAAGACAUUUUCAAAUCUGACAAAAGCUCUCCGCACCAAUCCGAGGGUGAACUGAGGAAAAGAGCUCACAGGAACAAGGAGACUCCGCGAUGAAGGAUCGCUUUGAUUUAACCCCUUAAUGCUUCACGUCUCUGAAUGAGAAUUAAAAAAAUAGACUCCGCAGACACUGGGGUGGAAAUUUCCCUAAAUCAUGUUUCUAAACCAAAAAACAAUUACAUUUCUGUUCUUAGAGCUCCGGCUGAUUUAAGGUCAACACGCUUCAUGUUGGUGUCAUUACAAGCACACAUUUGUUUAUGCGGCCUCAGCUCCUUCAUGUUUACCACUGAAUUUCUUUUUUUUUUUACAAAAAAUAAUUGUGCCCGCUCCGUGUUUCACCCUCACACGAGGCACCACUGUGUACAAAAUGGAUGUGAAAGGGUCACCAACAGGGUUAUGUUGUACGUGUAUGAUUAAUCGUCUGUAACAGUCAUGAGAGAUGAUAACUGUGUUCAGUGCAGCUUUUAAGUGCGGUGUGGUCAGGGUGGGGACGGGAGGCUUUGUGAAUGCUCGACACUGGCAGCACCUAAAGCACCUGUGUUCACCCAUAAUGGCAAUCAUGUCUGUGUAUUAUAAACAA